UGAUUCCAAUACAGACGUUGACAAAUGUCUUCAGUUGAUAAUUAUAGAAAGAAAAUACGGGUUUAACUUCAAAGCUAAGUAAAUAAUGGCCAUUAAAGGUAUUUUCAUACUCUUACCAACGGGAAGACGAAAACUUAUGUUGAACUUUCAAGAUAAUCGAAUAUAUGUACCGAAAGGUCUUUCUGUCACCACAUCAGAAGAUGUUUUUCACUUCAGAUACAUAGAAGUUCUGUGUGUUACAUGCUUUAGGAAUUGAAUAGAAUAUUUCAUAGGUUUUCUCGUGGAACUUAGUGAAUGCCUGCUCCUUAAUUAUAUAUUGAGUCUGACUUUGUCCAUAGCUGGAACUAUGAGAAGAUCUAUGCACUUUAUCUUGCUGUUUGCUACAAUGAUGAUAAGGUAUUGGCCACUUUAAAGAUUCUUGGUUGUGUGGGGAUAAGUCUUCAUAUGAUAAUUGAUGUCCUACACACUAGAGGUACUCCACAUAUAUACUAGAGUGGAACAGGUAAAGAAGAAACUGAAAGAACAUUUCUCUUAAGUGAAAACAUAGUGUUAUUUGGAUGAUGAUGAUGCAUUGAAGCUUAACCAGCAUUUAUUGUUAAUAGUAGAUGGCAGCAAGUGGCUCAGAGUCUCCAAAGUCGGGAGAAGAGGGUGCAUCAUUUGAAGAGAUGUUCAAGGCGUUCGCUAAGUUUGGAGAUACCAAGAACACGGGAGACUCAAUCACUCUUUUCAAUAGUGACAAGUGGUUUAAACAAUCAAAAGUGAUCGAUGGCAAGAAAAUUACCACAACUGACACUGGCAUCUACUUCAAGCAAAUCUCUAAGGUGAAGAAAGCUUUGAACCUAAACGAAUACAACCAAUUCCUGGAAAAUAUUGCCAAAAACAAGAAAAUGGAUGUGACUGAAAUCAAGCAGAAACUAUCCAGCUGUGGACCACCUGGAACAUCAUCUAAAACCACUCCUAAAGGUUCUGGAAGUGUGGUAAGCCGCCUUACAGACCACACCAAGUAUACUGGCAGUCAUAAGUCAAGAUUUGAUGACACUGGAAAGGGGAAAGGCAAGGGGGGAAGAGAGGAUUUAGUGGAUGGCUCUGGUUAUGUACAAGGUUACAAACAUGAAGGAUCAUAUGAUAAGUCCCAUUAAUUGUUAUUUUACAUGCUUCAAGUUCAUUAUUGUGACACAGAAAGGACAAAGUCUCAGAAAACAGGCAUCAUGAUGAAGUCUUGAAUGAGAGAAAAAUCCAACAAGCAUGAACCACUCAUUAAUAUAUAAUAUAUUACUUAUUAUUGUCUUUCUAUAGAUCUAUUGUAUAGAUUUUAAUUCAAGAUGUAUUAAUGCCAGUUUGAAGGACUAGUGCUAAAAUCUAAGUUAUAACAAACUAGUCCCACAUUUCCUGACUGCAGUUCAAUGACUUGUUUUAUAUGCAUAUACAUAUAUAUAGUAAACAUAUACAGUGCAGUAAUAUAAAAAAAAGAAUAGAAAGAAAUACUUUAAGUUUUGAAAUGAUAUUGAAAUGAAACUAUUACUGUAUAAAAGAUAAAAUUACAGAAUUUUGAGAACACCCGAGUUGGAAUUGCUUUUUUUUGGGGGGGGGGGCACCAAAUUAUGUUUUGCCUCAGGAAACAGACACCCUCACUAGGCCACUGCUUAUACAUUUUAAUGUUUGUAUCACUGGAACUAAACUAUGAUAGUUUAUUAUAUUAGAAUUAGUAUAUAUAUAUAUAUAUAUA